AUGGCUGACAUGGUCGAUUUCGACUUUCUAGAGGCAGAGACAUUCGAUUUAUGGAUGGCCUCCUCCGAGGUGGACCAGAAGGCCCUGGGCAAAUUCGCUCGCGUUAUGGCCUUCGAGAACCCGCUGCUCUCGACGAUGUUGUACAAGGUUCUCGGUGUCUCGGUCAUGCUCUCCAAGAAACUCGUCCGCGCGCGACGGUUACGGCGGCUCGACACUACGCGUGAAACAAAGUCCCUACAACUUUAUCACCACAUCAUAUGGCUCUCGCGUGAGGGUCUCAUGAUUCUGGAGGGGUAUGUCCUGCCCAUGGUCAACGUGUUCGUCGAGUUAAACGUCCUGGCCUACAAACUUCGCGCCUCGUUCUACCACAUCUUCGUGCUCUUCCACAACCGUCCCGUCAUCUAUCCACCAGAUACGGAACCCCCAACCGACGGCAAACACGACUCGAUCUAUGGCCCAGAAUCCUUGACUGCGCUCGGCCAGCAACAAAGCCAGAAACCAAAGACAAAACCCCAGGCCCCUCCGGGCCUCGCCCCUGUGCAACCACCGCAACCAGCUUCCUCCUUCCUCCUCCCUCCACUUGACUACACCGAAACCGCAACAGCAUGCUUCAACCACGCCGCCUUCCUCGCUGACAAGCUCCUCCCCGGCUCGCACCCGCUGCGCCUCUCCGUUAAACUCGAAUAUGCCGCCUACCUCUACGACUGCCUCCAGGACCCGAAUUCCUGCCGCCGCCUCGCCAAACAAGCCAUCGCGGAUGUAUACAACGCGCAAGAAGGCAUGGAUGACGAGAGCUUCGAAGACGCCGCCGAGAUCGUGGGCGUGCUGGGCAAAAUGGUCAAACGCGGCGGGAACCUCGGCAGCAGUACGGCCGGCAGCAGUACCUCGCGCGGCGACCGGUCGCGAAGUCGCAGUAGUCGCUCCCCGAGUCAUCACGAGACUAGUGCCCCGACGACAAUCUCGCCGGGGCCGGUGUCGAAGUCGACGCCGAUGACCUCCGCCUCGGCGGGUAAGGUUAUUUUCUCUGCUGUGCCGCAUGCGACCAUGAUGAAUCCGAUUUAA